CUUCCCAGAGUUCUUUGCUCCGGUGCGCAUGCGCACUUUCCUUUUCUCGAGCAGUCGUGGGUCGGCUAGCAUCAUUCGACUAAACAUGCAGCUUUUCGUGCGCGCGCAGAAUCUCCACACCCUCGAGGUGUCCGGACACGAGGCUGUCCGUGAGAUCAAGGCCCGUGUUGAACUUCUGGAGGGAGUAUCUGUAGAUGAUCAGGUUCUUCUGCUGUCUGGUGCUCCUCUGGAGAAUGACGUCAGUCUACAGGACUGUGGCAUCACUGAACACUGCACCCUUGAAGUGGCCGCCAGACUCUUGGGAGGUAAAGUCCACGGAUCUCUGGCUCGUGCUGGUAAAGUACGAGGACAGACACCCAAAGUAGACAAACAGGAGAAGAAGAAAAAGAAGACUGGUCGUGCUAAGCGUCGUAUUCAGUACAACCGGCGCUUUGUGAAUGUGGUGCCCACCUUUGGCAAGAAGAAGGGUCCCAAUGCAAACUCCUAAAUGCUUCUUUUGAUGUAUUUCAGAGAAAUGUCAUUCAUAAUAAAGGUUCUUGAACUAAA